GUUGACACUGACAGGUAAAAAGCUGAAUAAAUCAUGUCAAGGAUAUAAGAGUAGACAUUUUGUUCAAAUGAGAUUAUGAAACAUUGACUUCUGGUGGUGUUUCACGGUGUUUAUUAAUGAAAAUGUCAGUUCUCGCAGAACUACUUGCGAGACAGUAAAGACCUUCAUUCCAGUGUUUAGAUUAGAGAGAAUGUGACAUUAAUUAAUUUGAAAUGCUGUGUUUGGGACGUUUUUGCUUCAUUGUGAAACUGACACUAAGAUAACUUCCGACCUCGUCCUUUAGAUACUUAGAAACUGAUCACUCUUACAGUCAAAACACCUGUUAAAUUAAUUAAAAUCUAAAGAUCUGAUCCGGUAGUAGGAGCUUUGGGAUAGCUAUACAUGGUAUUUUUUUAAAUCCUGUUAAUCUUUGCUGUGAAUUUAUGACGGUUUGAUUAUUUAUGGCUAUUUGUCCUCAAGUGUUUUAUUGUUGGAUUUGUUUGCAUUUAAUUUGAGUUCAAACUCGGUCACUUCUGCUGAAUAACAGCCACAGAGGCUAAGACUUGCAUACAGGAAAUAUUGGCAGAUACCAAAACCCUGGAGUGGGUUAAUUAUUGUCUGUUGUUUGGGCAUUAAACUGUUAAUUUGUUCAAGAAGAUUGUGCAUUUAUUCAGGAUUUUCCACUUGGAUGAAUAAAUCUUUUCCCCCUUAUGUAAAGAGUAUCCAUGCAACCAUCUGACCUGGUUUAAUAUAAACCUGCUGUCAUUAAACUCACUCCCGCGGUCUCAUUUUCACUUACAGGUGGAGCUCGAGUGAUUCUUGUUGAUUAAAGAGGACAGACAUUAUUGGACAAUGUUUGGAAAUCCUGGACCUUUCUCUUACUCCCCCAGGUAAGCUACCUUCAUUCAGUUUCAGGUUCAGGAUAAAACACAACUGUGAUUAUUCCUGCUGCUGCUCUGAAUUGUGGACUCUGGAUGGGUUAUCUUGAAGUCAUAGCACUGGUCACAUUGGUAUUUAUCUGAACACUGUUCAACUAAUUUGCUGCCCAGUUUGACAAGUUGGAUUUUAUUGUGAUCCAGGGGUUUCUCACCUGAGGACAUCCCUCAGAUGAGACGAACAUUUCCACAAGAUGACCACAGGAGUUCUCCAUUACAGAGAAACAACACGUCCAGACCCAGUGGAAAGUCGAUAUAUAGUACGUUGACACAAAAAAAAUUUUAAUACCUCAUUUUCGGUGAGACAUCUUGACUUAAACAGUGUUUUCUACACCAGUGCAGAGAAAGGAAUACUCAGAGGAGCUGAACAGAAAACCUGACAACCUUCAUGUCAGAGUGGAGGUAAAAUACAUCGAACCGGCACCAGAAUGAACACACAAAGAUCAAACAGUAAGAACUUCCCCUCAUACAUGACUCUCCAUCCUCACUCUACAGCACCUGUUCACCUGCGAGCUGGACGACCAGGAGGUGAAGACGGUGGAAGGCUGUGUGGCCAAGCUCAAAAGGCUGGAUGCCAAAGGUCGCAUUUGGUCCCAGGAGAUGAUCCUGGAGGUUCAGGGGGCAAAUCUGCUGCUCUGUGACAUUGAGACAAAGGUGGGGGGCUUUUUUUUAGAUCCAACUCUUGGCUUUGGCUUUGUACUGUGGGGCAUUCCUCUUUUUGAGAUACAAAACAGUAAUGAAACGAUCAUGUGCUUUUGUCUAAAAUAACACAUGUACACUUUUUUAUUAAGUUUUCUCUUCUAAACCCAAACCUGGAUAAACUUCCCCACAAACACAGAGAUGAAGAUAAGAUAACCCUUUACUGAUCUUGAGGGAGGAUAUUCGGUAUAAUUUAGAAGAUAAGAUAACCAGAUAAGAUGUAAAAGGAUAACUAGAGAACUGUGUAAAAUAACAAAAUUACAUUUUUUAUUAUGACAGUAGGUGGGUUUGGAUCUACAAUUGCAAAACAAACAAACAAACAAACAAACAAACAACAACAACAAAAAAAAACGCCUGUCCUUUAAAAAAAUGCUCUGGGAUGUAAAAGGAGGGGGAAGGUUUUUGGUCUUGACAUUUCAAUUAUCUCUGCAGUUGAUCAUUAUUUCAGGUCAUAAAAAAUCAUUUCUGUGUUAUUUUAAGUAGCUUUGCUUUCAUUUUCAGAUGCAGUGCUGAUAAAAAAAGGAAAAACAAAUUGGCCCUGAUUUGGUUUAUUGAUAAUAUCUGAUGUCUAACACAGUACAGGCUACAGUUCGACUCCCACCCUCAUCCCUCAUUGGCCUCAUGUCAUCGUCAGUCUCUCUUCCAUGUUUUGACACUAUCCAAUGUCCUGUCUUUUUAUGAAAGGAGCAAAAAAAAAAAAAAAACAAUAAAAAAAAGCAUAGGAAAGUUUAAAACAUUUUUGUCAGAUAGCAGUAUUAAUUGUGUAUUUACUCUCUUUAAUCUGCUUUCACAUCUGUCCUGUUCGAUCUGACUCUAAAGGCUGAGCUGGAGAUGCUGCCCCUGAGCUCCAUACUUCAAACCAAGGCUGUGAAAGACAGCUGCGCAUACAACUCCCUGCUCACAAUCACAGUACAGGGGCGAAAUAAACCCUUCUCCCAGGUCUACAUGUUCCAGUGCGAGGAAACUGGGGUGAGUCACAUUUCACCACAUUCCACAGUGAACUCCUAAUCUUAACUCUGACCUCCUGAGGUCCAACAGAGACAGAUGGGUGUGUCAUGGGUGUACCAUCUCUGGAUCCAUUAUCUUUAUUUCAUAACACAGUUAUGAUGUUAACUGUUACCCGAGUGUUUUACUGAGAGCCUCGUCUGUGUUACCAGGCGGAGCUCAUCAAGAGUGACCUGGAUAAGGUUCUGAGAGGAGGUGUGGAUGUGGAGCCACGCAGAGAAACGCCUGACAUCAGGUUCAAAACCUUGUUAUGUUGACAGAAAUAAGGACUGAGAAAGACACACACAGUUAAAUGCCCUCAUUUCUCUAUGUCACUAAUGUUGUUAGGAGUAAUCUGGAGAAUCUCAUUGGGCAACAUGCUCCAGGAAGUUUCCGGCACACUGGCCCUGCCAUGCAACGAGAGAGAACCCCACCACCUCUACCUGACCACCCGCCCCCAAAGUGGUCCAACAGAGAACCAGGUACAAGUUGAACCGAAAGCAAACAAAAGAUGCUUACCAGCCUUAUGACACGUGCAGAAAAACUGUUCAGUGUGUUUGAUGAAGUUUUAUUUUAUAUUCAAACUACACGCUGCUUACCUGUAGAACAAGUAUCACCUCCAUGGAGCUACAGCCCACGAGAACCACAAAUCCCACAAACCCAACCUGAUUUCCGUGAUCAACAGCUCACUCAAGAGGUCCCCUUUACUCCUGAGCUAUCAGAUGAAGAGAGGAACACAGUAAGUGCUCCCAUCUAAUCAAUAUCUAAUCAUCCCUCUGUUAUCAGAGGACAAAUCUGUCCGUGUGUGAUGGUUUUUUAAAGCUCCUUCAAAGUUAAGUCUCUUAUAGAGUUUUCUGGUUUUCCUUUCUUUCAGGAAAUUUUAAACCAUGUCAUCACUGAUAUGGAGAUCUUCAUGGAAAAUGUUAAAGCAGCAACAACUGCACCAGUACAGCAGGAGAACAAUAACAAGAAGAAAAUGUUUAAGAAGAAGAAACCAAAGACAAACAGUAAUUGACUUUCUCAGUUUAUCUUUUGUGACAUUUAUGGCUGAGGGAGUUAUUGCAGAAGAUUUCAUGUCAUACUGACUUUGCAACUAUCUGUAUCUGAAUUUCUCAACCGGUAGUUCCCCGUCUGCCAUCUUGGGAGGAAUACACUUCUUUUCUUCAGAAAAUCAAAUAUGGAUUCAAUCUGCUGGUAAAUACGCCUAUUCUUUCUCCCCAGAGUGGAAAACGAUCACAGUGGUCAUUAAUGCUGUGAUUUGUUGAUGUAGUAGAUAUAGGGUUGAAUGCUGCAGAAAGCAGUAGAACUUGACUGAAAAGAGUUUCAUAUUUCAGGGUCAGCUUGAUGGGACACUGACCAGCAUCUCAGCUGCAGAGUAUGUCCACAUCUUCUUUUCAAGUUUAGGCAUGGUGAGCUCAUCUACACUCAUUUCUGACUUUGAAAAAAAAAACAACCUUCAAAUGCUUCAAACACCUUUAUCUUCUUAUUCUCAUGCCCCCCUUUUUUCCACAGGUAAUAUCUCAUUAUCCUGCAGACCUGCCUCCCACUGUGCUGUCCCCCCUGCUGACAGUGUCUGCCCUGCGGCUGCUCAGUGAUGUGGUCAGUCCGGAGGAGGACGCCCUCUGGAGGUCUCUGGGAGACUCCUGGAACAUCCCCAGGUAUGUCGGCCUUUGUAACCCUCAACCGGUUACACAAGCCUUUCAUAAAGCUUCCCAUAUACAGCCGAAACACUGUUCAUAAAGCAAAUCUGCUCUGGCCCACCCUUUUUUUGGGUGUGUGUGCAUUUUCUAACAUGUAAAAGUAGGACAGAGUUCAUGUUGUUUUUUUAUUCCUGUGGAUAAAACAACAUAACAAGUACAGACAGAGUCAUACUGGUGGUUACCAUUAAGAGGAGUGACACACACUGAUGGCACAGCUAUCUUCUGGUGUAUGGAGUGGCAUCUCGUCGGCCAUGUUACCAUCUCUUCAGAUUUCCCAAAAUGUCAUACUUUAUUUUUGAUUUAAGCUUUUCAGCGCUUCAUUAAACCAUAUCAAAAAUAUCUUGACACAUAUGCCACUAUUUUUCCUUUUGUGUCAGUGCUUGUUUUGUGUAUUGCUUUUCUUUGAGAAAGACAAAUCUAAUAAACAGAUAUGUAUUUUUUAAGUCAAGAGGUUGCCUCUGUGUUUGAUUUUAACAGGCUUUUACUCUCUUGCCACCUCACAGGUCUCAUUGGCCAAAUGAUGACAUCCCAGUUUACAUCCCAGAGUUCUACGAUGGCUGGCAGCCGCCUCCCCCCUCAGGUGUGGCCUCCCGGCCUCCUUUUCGGAAUGGUCCAAUGAGGAACAGCCAGCACUCACCACCUGACUAUCGCCAAGAAGAGGUACGGCUGUUGGAGUGUACUGGUUCUGACCAUAAUCAUCUUUUUAAAGAUUUGAAUUAUUGAUAUCAUAGAAGAAAAAUAAAAACCUUGUGUAAGUAGUCCAUAGUUGUUCAUGUUAAGUGGUUUUUCAUGCUAGUUGCCACCCACCAUAUAUUAAAGAGGGUCUGACAGUUAAAAAUUGAUGUUCUGAGAUUUGUGAAUCAAGACACAAAGUAAGAGCUUGUGUCUCUUCAGGAGGUGCCAAUGAUUUGAAUGUAUAUACUUUUGCCCGUUCAGCAGUUUUUAUUCAAUUGUCAAACUUAUGAUCUGUUUGGACUGGCAUAUACCUAAUUUCAAAUUAAAGGUUUAAUUUUACAAUCCAGGAAAUCAAGCAAACUGCAAGACAGUAAAGAUGAGAAAAUAAAAGCAUAUAAUCAUUUUAUGAAGUAAUAAUAAAGUGUAUGGAGUAAAGGGUCAAUACACCUUUGUCUGAUGUAUAGUUUUUCCCAAGGUCACAUGGAUAUUGUAAUAUUAUCAUAAAUGUGACUUUCAUUACUUCACUAAUCAUGAGGGGAAGAUGUGAAGCGAUCUGUGGUUACAAUACUAUUAAGAGAUAUUUUGUACAUAUUUCAACUGCAAAACCGGCUCAAACUAAACUAGUCAAGUCAUAGUUUUUAUAUGAAACUCUUUAUUUUAGCUUUAGUAACAGUUACUAAAUCACUGUUGAAGGCUAUGGAAACGUUAAGAAUGUACGAUUGUUUAGAACAGCGUAAUAAACUCAUUGAAAAGGAUGAUCUGUUUUAAAAUCCGUCACCUUUUGUUUUAAACCUCAAUUGCAUUCACUUUCACCGUCUUGUCUCUUACAGCCAGUGUCCAAUGGUCCAUGGGCCUCAACGCCACCUCCGCCUCAGCAGUAAGCAUUAUUGCACUGUUGUAAAAACUGACAUUAUGAUCGUAUUUGCUGCAGGCAUUUUUUCUAACCAGUGCUCACUGGACUUUAUAAUGGUCAUAUACUGCAUCUCUUUGACUAAGUGUGUGUGUGUGUGUGCUCCUGUUUUAGCUCCGCUGAGCCUCCCCUUUACAUGCGGGCCAUGUACGACUUCAUGGCCAGAAACAACCAAGAGCUGAGCAUCAUGAAGGGGGAUGUGGUUGAGGUGAGAUAAACACCUUUUUAGGCAUGUCACCCCCAAAGAAAAAAGACUUUUCCAGUCUACCUAUCUGCUCAACACUACUAGGCCUAUGCACGUAUUUGUAAUCUAGGAUAACGGUGCUAACUUCUAUGUUUCUUGUAUGAAUUUUGCAGGUGGUCCAGAAAACAAGGCAAUGGUGGGUCAUUCGUAACUCCCGGGGUGAGGAAGGGAGCGUUCCUCAGAAUAUUCUGGAGCCAAUGGAGAGCAGUGAGCCCAUGGAAGAUCUUCAAGUGAGUGAGGAUUUCAGAGUAGCUGCACUGGGCCAUUGCUCAUCAAUUAUCAUUCCAUUCUCAUUCUUCUCUCUCUUACAGCGGGGAACUCGUGGUGCAGGGAAUCUGGACAUGACUUCCACACCUGCAGAAGUGGGAGCUUGGCUGAGCUACAAAGGUUUCUCCAACAUGUGAGUGACAUAACCCACAGAGGGAUUUGAAACUUUCAGGUGUUGGUUAAAUAAAUAAAACUUGUAUUGUAUGGUUUGUCAAAUAUUUGGUGCCUCUUUUGUGCAGCACAGUGAGGUCUCUCGGGGUGCUGAGUGGUGGGCAGCUUCUCAAAAUGACAAAGGAUCAGAUAAGAGCUGUGUGUCCAGAGGAGGGAGGAAGGGUCUUCUUUCAGCUUCAGGCUUCUAAGUCAGCCAUUGCAGUAAGUAAUACAUGACAUUAUUAUCACACUCACAGACAACUGUAGCACUCUGACAGUGUUUGACCUGUUCCCUACACUUACAGCUCGCCAGUGAGCCAUCAGGUCGGUACAACAGUGAGUCACCAGGUCGAUACAACAGUGAGCCACCAGGUCGUUACAACGGUGAGCCACCAGGUCGAUACAACAGUGAGCCACCAGGUCGAUACAACAGUGAACCACCAGGUCGAUACAACAGUCGCUACUGAAGAGGAGCUGCAUCACAACACCUUCAUCUUUUCUCCUGAAGCAUCUCAAACUGUUAGUGUCUAAUCCUAUUGUCAAAAGUUGUUAAAAAAAAGUGGAUUGCUGCUUUCAGCAUUAGGGUAAACAGAUUUUGAUCAAUUACAUAUAGUAUAAAAAUGAUUUGUAUUUCAAUUUAUCUUGAUAAUAAUGCACUUUAUAGUGGUCCAUGUAUGUAAAGUUAAAUGUGAUUAAACCAAACAUGUAAAUCAACCCAACACAGUAGUUGGACUGAAACAAAAAACUGUCAUUCUCAUUGCUUUACAAACCCUAUCAUUUUUCCUUAAUAAAAAUAGUCUGAAAUAGUCAAUUCUGAAUGAGACACACUCACUCCAUCAAUAAAACACGGUUCAAGACGCUUCAAAAAAAUUAAGUGCUUUAAUUCAAAUGAAAGUUGCCAUAUUUUCUUUGUAAAAAUACAAAGUUGGGGUUCUUCGGUGCAAAGAAAGUUUCACAUGUUACUAAAGGACACGAAAACUACACAACUAACUAGUAAACUAACCGUCUUCUUUCUGAUCUUGAAACUAUAAGACCGUUUUUAGUGAACUUGAGAAAACUGUCCUGCCCAACACUAACUUAAGGCGGAAUUAAAUGCAUCCUCUUCUACUCUUUCUUGUUUCCCCACUUGGCCAUCUUGUUGUUCACAGGGGUCUUCAUGAAUCUGUCUGAUUUCAUGUAGGCAGCAAUCUUCUCCAGAGCCUGUGAUGAAAAAAACAAAAACACUAUCAAAACAGAAACUCACAUGCCAUUAAUUACAUUUAUACAUCUUACACUGAGACUUUCACAAAGACACAGGAGGCCAAAGGUCAAGUGUCAUUCCUAAAUGUUAUUUUCAGCAGUGACAGAUUAUCUUGUUCUUAUUUUAUAAAGAAAACAAGAAGAAGAAAAAUUAAAUUGAAUUAAAAACGGGAGUGUCAUCACCUCAAAACGACUUAGAAGAUCUUUGAGAUUCUUGAAGUCAUCCAGGCAUUCAGGAUGAAACAUCCUGUGUUGAUCCAGCAGCUCAUACAUAAUGAAGUCCACAAAAGUGAUCUAUUGUAAAAAAAAAAAAAAAAAGACUCAUAGUAAUGUUAACAAUUUAACAGUAAAGAAAGGCGAGACUUUGAAAAGCUGCUGACUGACUGUUUUACAUCAGUCAUUAGUCAGUUGACCUGCAUGUGAAGUCAUUAAAGGGUUAACCCUACAGGCUUUUUUAGACAUGAAUUAAAAACUGUUUUUUCGCUACAUCAGACAACAAAACAUCUGCUGAGUCAUAGCUUUAUAUGGCCAUAUCAUGUCAAAUAGGAUUUUUGGAAUAAGAAAUACAGUUAUAAAAAUCUCAAGUUCAACAGUCACCACACCUUGUCACCUGCAAACCAUUUCCUGUCUCCCAAAAAGUCUGAGAACUGCUUCAGUACACUUGGCAGGCUCUUGAGGUACCCCGGCUUGAUCGCAUCCUGAAGAUGCAGAGAUGAUGUUGGUUGGGGUUAGUGCAAAUUCAAAGGAGUGAAAUGACAUAUUCAAUGUAUUCAAAUUUUAAAUGUGGUGCUCACGAAGUCAGAGUAGCACAUCCUGACAAAGCCGUUCCUGAAGUCCAUGGACUGGUUCUCCAGGAUGUCCACACGGGUCUUUUCGUCCUCCGUCUCUCCACCUGUGAUCAGAAAAUGGAGAGAAUGAAAGUGAGAUUUUGCACUUGAAACUGGAAUUCUUCAGAUACUGUCAUUAGGUCGAUCAAAUUCUACAUCCACGUUUCUUAUUUUGAAUAAAUCACCAGGUUAGAAACACUACUACUUACACAUGUUCUUUUUGCGAGCAAUGUACCGCAUGAUGGCAUUACUCUGUACGAUCUUCUUGUCUCCGUCCACCAAGUAGGGCAGCUAUAACCCAAAAAAAAUCUGUAUCAGUCGACAGUUUAACCAACAAGCUCAAUACUUGAACACUGAAGAACAUUACUCAGAGCUUAAACUAACUUACAUUAGGAAAAUCCAUUCCAAGUUUGGGUUUUUCAUCAAACCAGCAGCUCUUGUCAUAUUGAGGAGCUGUGUGAUUAAAAUCACAAGAAUUAAAAGGUGUGCUGUGAGAGAGUUUUUUCACUGUUAAGAUGAAAAUGAUCAAAACUGUUUAGUAGUAACAUGAAACAUAAACUCUUUACCUUCACCGCAAACAUAGAACUUGUUCUCGUACUUCAGGCCAGUGUACUCCAACAGCAGGCGGAUGGGCUGGGCGAGCUGCACAAGAUUCAAAAUAUAUUAAAAUAAUAAUGAUAAAUAAGAACACUUUUUAACCCUCCUCCUGCGUUUGGGUCUGCACCAACCUGUUUUUGUUUUAUAAAUGCUUAAAAGAACCACUUAAAUUAGUUUUUCUGCAUCAAGACUUUUUGACUUUGUCAGGAACCUCUAUUUCAACAAAAUAAAAAAAUUAAAACGACUAAAUUAUAAAAUGCUCUUAUUAAAAUUAUGGCACUUGUCGUGUUAGGGUCGCUGUUGACCCGGUUAGAUUAAUAUCUAUAAAUUAGAGCAAAAACUAAAAUUAUAUGUGCACUGUCAGGUAGUGCACAUAUGAUUUAGGAAAUUCUCACUUUGCCAUGUUUUUCCUCCAUGUCCAGACAUGUGAGAUCACUUCAGUAUAGAUGUCUGUAUGAGGGGUAUACUGACAAAGAAAGACCCAGAGGCCCACAACAAAAACUAUUAUAAGCAAUAUUUUCAUUGAUAAUGAAGCCUAACAAUGUAACCCAAAGAUGAGAACAAAAUUGGAUGAUAGAGAAUUGUUUUUAGUGUAAUUUACAGCUGAUUUAAGACACGGGUCGAAACCAAGCCAAAAGACAGUGGGUGUGUAGUAAACAUAGACUAUAUAUACUGGAUAGAGUAUAUACAGUAUCCAGUAUUCAUAUACUUUACACAGUCUAUGGAAGUAAAAGCUAACACAGGAGGAAGGUUAAAGGUUGUAUUAGUUGGUUAUUUCAACUUUGCUUACACGUUUCUGUCCCUAAGAACAAUAUAGACACGUGUAUUCUUGUGCAUGUCAUACAUUAUUUCUCACUUUCUUGAAUUUUGCAGACUGGACCCAGGGGACAUAUAAGGCCCUGCAUGAUGCGAGUGUAUACAAAGAUCUGACAGUUGACCUUUGACCUGACCUGCUUAAUAGUUAGCUAUGUAAUCGGGAUGCGCAAGACGCUGCAUGAUGAACUGGUCAGGUUUGGGGUAAUUUUAUGACUACAAGAGCUGCUUUUGAAAGCCAUACAAAAAGCCCACAGCUUUAUAUAAAAGGCACAUUUUCUGCUCAUUGAAGAACAACAUCCGGUCAGUCGUGUUAGUGGAGUUCACGGUCGAGUAGCCGGAUAUUCGGUACACUGGUCAUUGAGAGCAAGUGUAACUGUGCUACCACUGACCUCAAACAGAGAGGGGGGUAAAUAUAUGCCAUAAGUUUUAUCAUUCAAAUUAGGACUCCUGAAUCUGUUCAUCAUAAUUAUAAUAUCUGAGCACGUGUACGUGGACAACGUCUGUUACGUAACAUUUGUAGCGCAAGGUUCUCAAUCACAGACACUGGCUUCAUACACUCCUGAAGAAGUGAACUCAAAGUACUCGAAUAGAAAACCGCCUUAGCUUAUGCUAACAGGUCUGUGAACCUGGUGAAUGUCCAGCUGCAGCCGGGAACGACCACAGCGCUGCAUCACGAGCUGUAACAAAGACACGGACCAACUUACCCCACGGAUAUCCCAGUAAGCCAGUUGCAUUGUCAUCUUGAAUUGCUUUUCGGCACUUAAGGUGUUUGACCGCAGUAAGCUACUUUCCACGCUGGUCGGACGGACGGACGAGGAGGAGAGAGAGACAGGGAGCUGUUCUGCUGGUUUGUAGCAGACGGCGGAGUGGGAGGGGCGGUCACGCGGCUGCAAAAACCGGGUUCAUUGUUUGUCUGAGCAUAGAAAAAUGCACAUGGGGUGCGAUUGUGAGGACGAUAAGCACACUGGCUUUUCAUGUCUUACAGUCAAGGUCGGUACAAUAGUGAGCCACCAGGUCGUUACAACGGUGAGCCACCAGGUCGAUACAACAGUGAGCCACCAGGUCGAUACAACAGCCGCUACUGAAGAGGAGCUGCAUCACAACACCUUCAUCUUUUCUCCUGAAGCAUCUCAAACUGUUAGUGUCUGAUCCUAUUGUCAAAAGUUGUUAAAAAAAGUGGAUUGCUGCUUGCAGCAUUAGGGUAAACAGAUUUUGAUCAAUUACAUAUAGUAUAAAAAUGAUUUGUAUUUCAAUUUAUCUUGAUAAUAAUGCACUUUAUAGUGGUCCAUGUAUGUAAAGUUAAAUGUGAUUAAACCAAACAUGUAAAUCAAUCCAACACAGUAGUUGGACUGAAACAAAAAACUGUCAUUCUCAUUGCUUUACAAACCGUAUCAUUUUUCCUUAAUAAAAAUAGUCUGAAAUAGUCAAUUCUGAAUGAGACACACUCACUCCAUCAAUAAAACACGGUUCAAGACGCUUCAAAAAAAUUAAGUGCUUUAAUUCAAAUGAAAGUUGCCAUAUUUUCUUUGUAAAAAUACAAAGUUGGGGUUCUUCUGUGCAAAGAAAGUUUCACAUGUUACUAAAGGACACGAAAACUACACAACUAACUAGUAAACUAACCGUCUUCUUUCUGAUCUUGAAACUAUAAGACCGUUUUUAGUGAACUUGAGAAAACUGUCCUGCCCAACACUAACUUAAGGCGGAAUUAAAUGCAUCCUCUUCUACUCUUUCUUGUUUCCCCACUUGGCCAUCUUGUUGUUCACAGGGGUCUUCAUGAAUCUGUCUGACUUCAUGUAGGCAGCAAUCUUCUCCAGAGCCUGUGAUGAAAAAAACAAAAACACAAUCAAAACAGAAACUCACAUGCCAUUAAUUACAUUUAUACAUCUUACACUGAGACUUUCACAAAGACACAGGAGGCCAAAGGUCAAGUGUCAUUCCUAAAUGUUAUUUUCAACAGUGAUGGGAGAUGAUCUUGUUCUUAUUUUAUAAAGAAAACAAUAAGAAGAAAAAUUAAAUUGAAUUAAAAACGGGAGUGUCAUCACCUCAAAACGACUUAGAAGAUCUUUGAGAUUCUUGAAGUCAUCCAGGCAUUCAGGAUGAAACAUCCUGUGUUGAUCCAGCAGCUCAUACAUAAUGAAGUCCACAAAAGUGAUCUAUUGUAAAAAAAAAAAAAAAAGACUCAUAGUAAUGUUAACAAUUUAACAGUAAAGAAAGGCGAGACUUUGAAAAGCUGCUGACUGACUGUUUUACAUCAGUCAUUAGUCAGUUGACCUGCAUGUGAAGUCAUUAAAGGGUUAACCCUGCAGGCUUUUUUAGACAUGAAUUAAAAACUGUUUUUUCGCUACAUCAGACAACAAAACAUCUGCUGAGUCAUAGCUUUAUAUGGCCAUAUCAUGUCAAAUAGGAUUUUUGGAAUAAGAAAUACAGCUAUAAAAAUCUCAAGUUCAACAGUCACCGCACCUUGUCACCUGCAAACCAUUUCCUGUCUCCCAAAAAGUCUGAGAACUGCUUCAGUACACUUGGCAGGUUCUUGAGGUACCCCGGCUUGAUCGCAUCCUGAAGAUGCAGAGAUGAUGUUGGUUGGGGUUAGUGCAAAUUCAAAGGAGUGAAAUGACAUAUUCAAUGUAUUCAAAUUUUAAAUGUGGUGCUCACGAAGUCAGAGUAGCACAUCCUGACAAAGCCGUUCCUGAAGUCCAUGGACUGGUUCUCCAGGAUGUCCACACGGGUCUUUUCGUCCUCCGUCUCUCCACCUGUGAUCAGAAAAUGGAGAGAAUAAAAGUGAGAUUUUGCACUUGAAACUGGAAUUCAAUCAAAUUCCAGUUUCAAUUCAAAGGUCAAUCAAAUUCUACAUCCACGUUUCUUAUUUUGAAUAAAUCACCAGGUUAGAAACACUACUACUUACACAAGUUCUUUUUGCGAGCAAUGUACCGCAUGAUGGCAUUACUCUGUACGAUCUUCUUGUCUCCGUCCACCAAGUAGGGCAGCUAUAACCAAAAAAAAAGAAAAAGAAAUCUGUAUCAGUCGACAGUUUACCCAACAAGCUCAAUACUUGAACACUGAAGAACAUUACUCAGAGCUUAAACUAACUUACAUUAGGAAAAUCCAUUCCAAGUUUGGGUUUUUCAUCAAACCAGCAGCUCUUGUCAUAUUGAGGAGCUGUGUGAUUAAAAUCACAAGAAUUGAAAGGUCAGAGAGUUUUUUCACUGUUAAGAUGAAAAUGAUCAAAACUGUUUAGUUGUAACAUGAAACAUAAACUCUUUACCUUCACCGCAAACAUAGAACUUGUUCUCGUACUUCAGGCCAGUGUACUCCAACAGCAGGCGGAUGGGCUGGGCGAGCUGCACAAGAUUCAAAGUAUAUUAAAAAAACAACGAUAAAUCAUAAUACCUCUUAACCCUCCUCCUGUGUUAGGGUCUGUACCAACCUGUUUUUGUUCUAUAAAUGCUUAAAAAGAACCACUUAAAUUAGUUUUUCUGCAUCAAGACUUUUUGACUUUGUCAGGAACCUCUAUUUCAACAAAAUAAAAAAUGAGACUGACUAAAUUAUAAAAUGCUCUUAUUAAAAUUAUGGCACUUGUCGUGUUAGGGUCGCUGUUGACCUGGUUAGAUUAAUAUCUAUAAAUUAGAGCAAAAACUAAAAUUAUAUGUGCACUGCCAGGUAGUGCACAUAUGAUUUAGGAAAUUCUCACUUUGCCAUGUUUUUCCUCCAUGUCCAGACAUGUGAGAUCACUUCACUAUAGAUGUCUGUAUGAGGGGUAUACUGACAAAGAAAGACCCAGAGGACCACGACAAAAACUAUUAUAAGCAAUAUUUUCAUUGAUAAUUAAGCCUUACAAGGUAACCCAAAGAUGAGAACAAAAUUGGAUGAUAGGGAAAUGUUUUUAGUGUAGUUUACAGCUGAUUUAAGACACGGGUCAAAACCAACCCAUAACACAGUGGGUGUGUAGUAAACAUAGACCAUAUAUACUGGAUACAGUAUAUACAGUAUAUCCAGUAUUCAUAUACUUUACAAAGUCUAUGGAAGUAAAAGCUAACACAGGAGGAGGGUUAAAGGUUAUAUUAGUUGGUUAUUUCAACUUUGCUUACACAUUUCUGUCCCCAAGAACAAUAUAGGCACAUGCAUUCUUGUGCAUGUCAUACAUUAUUUCUCACUCUCUUGAAUUUUGCAGACUGGACCCAGGGGACAUAUAAGGCCCUGCAUGAUGCGAGUGUAUACAAAGAUCUGACAGUUGACCUUUGACCUGACCUGCUUAAUAGUUAGCUAUGUAAUCGGGAUGCGCAAGACGCUGCAUGAUGAACUGGUCAGGUUUGGGGUAAUUUUAUGACGACAAGAGCUGCUUUUGAAAGCCAUACAAAAAGCCCACAGCUUUAUAUAAAAGGCACAUUUUCUGCUCAUUGAAGAACAACAUCCGGUCAGUCGUGUUAGUGGAGUUCACGGUCGAGUAGCCGGAUAUUCGGUACACUGGUCAUUGAGAGCAAGUGUAACUGUGCUACCACUGACCUCAAACAGAGAGGGGGGUAAAUAUAUGCCAUAAGUUUUAUCAUUCAAAUUAGGACUCCUGAAUCUGUUCAUCAUAAUUAUAAUAUCUGAGCACGUGUACGUGGACAACGUCUGUUACGUAACAUUUGUAGCGCAAGGUUCUCAAUCACAGACACUGGCUUCAUACACUCCUGAAGAAGUGAACUCAAAGUACUCGAAUAGAAAACCGCCUUAGCUUACACUAACAGGUCUGUGAACCUGGUGAAUGUCCAGCUGCAGCCGGGAACGACCACAGCGCUGCAUCACGAGCUGUAACAAAGACACGGACCAACUUACCCCACGGAUAUCCCAGUAAGCCAGUUGCAUUGUCAUCUUGAAUUGCUUUUCGGCACUUAAGGUGUUUGACCGCAGUAAGCUACUUUCCACGCUGGUCGGACGGACGGACGAGGAGGAGAGAGAGACAGAGAGCUUUUCUGCUGGUUUGUAGCAGACGGCGGAGUGGGAGGGGCGGUCACGCGGCUGCAAAAACCGGCUUCAUUGUUUGUCUGAGCAUAGAAAAAUGCACAUGGGGUGCGAUUGUAAAGACGAUAAGCACACUGGCUUUCAUGUCUUACAGUCAAGUGACAUGAAAACCUGUUAUACAUAUUUUUAGUUUAUGGAGUUUUUCAGAUCAGGAGUAAAGGUGAUGCUGAUCCUGCUAGUCCAGACUUUUCCCCACCCUGAAAGACUUGAAUGAAUGUAACAUGAGUGCAAAAGAGCAUGCAUGGAUUACACUGCUAAUCUCCACUUGAAACUGUGGAAUGGUUACAGUUAGAUAUUGUGCAAUCAUUUGCCCAACAAAAACUACCCUUUCCUCCCAUAGUUUGACUGUAAAUAAAAUGCUUGAAUGUGACCACGGGAAUGGCAAAAUAGCAGGCCCUAUUCAAUAAAAAAAUAAAAAAAACAAGGCCUUUAUGCUUAUCACAUUACCAUAUCAUCCAUAUUUAUGGUUCUUUGUGUGCAAAAGUUGACCUGGUGGACAUUGAGUUUGGCUAUACAGUUACCAAAGUAACAGUUGUUAUGCAUAUUCAUAUUUAUAGUUUGUCAUAAACUGAUUGAAGUAUUAAGGAAGCCCUGAUUGGGUAUCCAUAUACCCUAUUUUUAUUACUCCACUUUCUCUGUGAUAAAGAUUCAAGGUGGUUUGGUUAAGAUCUUUAUUCUCUUGCCUCAUUAUUCUGAGAUAACAUUGCAUUUUUGUACAGACCUCAGCACAUUUUUUUCUUCGUCUCUAGAUAACUGGUCUGGUUUUUCUAUAACUAUGAUUAAAUCGAUGUCAUGAUCUCAAAGAAACAAAGCUGGGUUCUUGUGAUAACAGGAUCUCAAAAACAAAACACUUGGCUGGUCACCUUGAUGGGUUAGAUGAUCAUCUGCCAUGCUACCUCACCCACUAUAGUAAGUUGAAUGACCCCUUUUUUGUGUUUGUGUUGUGUUUUUGCAAUUUAGGAAAUCACCUGAUGUUAAAAUGAGAUCUCAAACUCAACCAGACACAUUAAAUUAUUAAAACACAAAGACACCUGUUUUUCUAAUCACUGGUAUGAGCUAGUAUUCAGACUAGUGCAACUGAGCACCUUUACUUUGAUUCUUUUAAUACAAAUAUUGAGGUUUGUAAUUAGUCUGAAUUUAGAGUUGAACCCUCUGCUCACUUUGACCCUCUGCUCUCACUUUUACAUUCAAGUGUUAUGUGCUUCUGAUGGAUCCACUUCACAAUGCACUCUUUGUUUCACUCUCUCACUCAGUCACAUUUACAGACCCCAUCAACGGUCACUCUCCCUACAACACAUGCAGACAUUAUUUGUCAAAAGGCUGUUUUAUUUUUGUAAUCUGCAAUUUUUUUUUUAUGUCUGGAAACAUUUCUUUGAUUUCAGGCAUGUACAAACUACAUUAAGUCGAGAAUUGUGAUGUAAACGCAUUUUAUUUUUUCUUUGACACAAGUAUAAUUAAAUUAUAUUUCACAAACAGCACAUAUGAUUCUUUGGGAGUGACACGCCAUGCUUUGAAAAGCAACAAACAGCCCAACAGAUAACACCAGGACCCAACUGGAGGGGUGUGAAAAGGGUAAGCUGAGUGCAGUUCUCUAAAAAUAGAUGAAUUUGGCAACUUGCUCAACAAGUGAAAACUCAAGAACAGAUCAUGCACGAUUCACUGUAACAUGACUCAGAUGAAGUUUGUUGCUUCACAUUUUCAGACACAAAGGAUCAGAUCAGUUAGGCUUCAGACAGUCAGUAGAGACAACGCCACAAAAUAAGACUCAAAAUAAAAUGCUACGACUACGUAGCAUUACUGCACACGAGAGACAGAAACGUGCCAUCAUGCAAAAGACUAAAAACGGCAACAACAUGACACAGAGGAGCAGUGGGGACUAUGGUAACGUCAUUCACAGCAGCAGGAAUACUGAAGUUUUGUCACAGGUUAUAAUGCAUGAGGUUUUGUCCUGUGUAGAAAGUCAGGGUCCAAUACUACAAUUUAGGUUUAAGUCUGAGACAUCUACUGAAACACAGUUGUCACAGUCUUAAUGUUGGUUGCUAGGAAACAGCCAAUCAAAAUGAAGUGUAACUUUGACACCACAAGUCUUGAAAUAGCUUCAGUUCAGUUGGUAUUUAAAGAUGUCAGUUUUUACAUAAAAUAACUUUAUUCACAUGCCCACACGUUAAGUAUAGUGUUAGAGGUUUUUCAAACAGUUUUGUAUGGAGUGUAAAAUCCUCAUUUACUAACUUCACUUAAAUGUAAUAAUUGACCCAUCAUUUCAAAAAGAUAACAUAAUAAACUGUUUUACUCUAGUCUUUCAACUAGAAGCAGCUUUAGAAAAUGCUCGUUAUGUGUCAGUAUUUAACAUCAAAGUAUUAAUUCCCUCUGGGUCACUUGAGCUCCAUUUGCCCGUAAAGUCAAC